GAAGAGACCAUAUUUGUUCGCAGAGGAAGUCGUUGCUUUCUGGGAUCUGGCUACGGCAGAAAAGACAUCGGCUCCAACAAGGGUGUUCCACAGGGUAGCAGGGAGUUGGAAGAGCCAAGAACGCCUCCAAGCUCUGGAUUUGAGCUUCUCUGCCCAUGGGUGCAGCGCUCAUGCUCAGCUUGUGAGCUUCCUCCUGGGAGAGCAGCCAUGGCACUGAGGAAUGUACCCUUUCGCUCAGAGGUCCUGGGCUGGGACCCUGACAGCCUUGCUGACUAUUUCAAGAAGCUCAACUAUAAGGACUGUGAGAAGGCAGUGAAGAAGUACCACAUCGAUGGGGCUCGCUUCUUGAACCUGACAGAAAAUGACAUCCAGAAGUUCCCCAAGCUCCGGGUGCCGAUUCUCAGUAAGUUAAGUCAAGAAAUCAACAAGAACGAAGAGAGGAGGAGCAUCUUCACACGCAAACCCCAAGUCCAGCGGUUUCCUGAAGAGACAGAAAGCCAUGAAGAGGACAAUGGGGGCUGGUCGUCCUUUGAAGAAGAUGACUAUGAAAGUCCCAAUGAUGACCAGGAUGGGGAGGAUGAUGGAGACUAUGAGUCCCCCAAUGAGGAGGAAGAGGCACCCGUGGAAGAUGACGCCGACUAUGAGCCGCCACCCUCCAAUGACGAGGAGGCUCUGCAGAACUCCAUCCUGCCUGCCAAGCCAUUUCCCAACUCCAACUCCAUGUACAUCGACCGGCCCCCCUCUGGGAAAACCCCCCAACAGCCUCCUGUGCCCCCGCAGAGACCGAUGGCCGCCCUCCCGCCCCCGCCCGCCGGCCGGAACCACUCGCCACUACCACCACCCCAGACCAACCACGAAGAACCCAGCAGAAGCAGAAACCACAAAACGGCAAAGCUCCCUGCUCCUUCAAUAGACAGAAGCACCAAACCUCCCUUAGAUCGUUCAUUAGCUCCGUUUGACAGAGAACCCUUCACACUAGGAAAGAAACCACCGUUUUCUGACAAGCCCUCAAUUCCAGCGGGAAGGCCUCUCGGGGAGCAUUUACCCAAGGUUCAAAAGCCUCCUUUACCACCGACCACGGAAAGACAUGAAAGAAGCAGCCCCCUACCGGGGAAGAAGCCACCUGUGCCAAAGCAUGGAUGGGGAGCAGACAGAAGAGAGAAUGAUGAAAAUGAUGUGCAUCAGAGGCCUUUGCCCCAGCCAGCACUACUUCCUAUGAGCUCCAACACUUUCCCUUCGAGAUCUGCUAAGCCAAGCCCCAUGAACUCUCUCCCGUCUUCUCACAUGCAUGGAGCAUUCUCAGAAAGUAACAGCAGUUUUCCACAGAGUGCCUCCUUGCCGCCAUACUUCUCUCAAGGCCCUAGCAACAGACCACCUAUCAGAGCCGAAGGCAGAAACUUCCCCUUGCCACUUCCAAACAAACCUCGGCCCCCAUCCCCCGCGGAAGAAGAGAAUUCAUUAAAUGAAGAGUGGUACGUUUCUUAUAUUACCCGACCAGAGGCAGAAGCUGCUCUUAGAAAGAUAAACCAGGAUGGCACAUUUCUGGUUAGAGACAGCUCUAAAAAAACAAUAACCAAUCCAUAUGUCCUCAUGGUGUUGUACAAAGAUAAAGUUUACAACAUCCAGAUCCGUUAUCAGAAGGAAAGUCAAGUUUACUUGUUGGGAACUGGACUCCGAGGGAAAGAGGACUUCCUGUCUGUGUCAGAUAUUAUUGGCUACUUCAGGAAAAUGCCACUUCUGCUCAUUGAUGGGAAAAACCGAGGUUCCAGAUACCAGUGCACAUUAACGCAUGCGGCAGGGCACCCAUAGCAAGUUAGAGCCGAGCGAGCGAGCCCUCCUCCUGCCUCUGCUGCCAGCACGAGAUCAACCAGCCUUGGCCAACGGACAAACACUUAGGACUGAACUGAACCCCUCCCCAUGAACACAAGGGUUUUAGCCUUCCCUUUAAAAACAGUGUUUGAAAUGAAGACUGUCAAAUAUCCCAUAAUUUAUUUAUUCUUCUUCAAUGUUUGUAAAGUGCAUAAGUCAUGUUCACACUUGAAGUCUAGUAGUGCACUGUAAUAAUUCAUUUUUUAAAAGUUUUUUUAAUGCCCAUUUCAAAAUACAAUAGUUUACACAGCUACAGAAACAAUUUGGGGCAAGUUUUAAAACACUGAAACAGUAAUAGUUAUUGGUAUCACAUAAAACUGAUUUUCUUACAGCCAAACCUCUGUCAGUCAGAGGCAUUCAUUAGUUUUAUACAUGUAAUUUGAAAAUUACUAAACCUCAUUUUCUCAGCAGCAAUAAUUUAAGAGGCUUCAAAAAUAUAAUUUCACUCUUACUUAUUUGGUAUUUUUUU